AUGUUUCUUCAUAUACUGGCACAUGAUGUUAAAAAUCGUAUAAUUAAACGACAGUUUAUGAGGUCUGGUGAAACUAUAAGUAGACAGUUCAAGAAGGUGUUGCAUGCGGUGUUGAGAUGUCAUACUGUUUUGCUAAAACGGCCUGAGCCCGUCCCCGAUAACUCAACUGAUCUUAAGUGGAAAUGGUUCAAGAAUUGUCUUGGAGCUCUAGAUGGGACCCACAUCAAGGUAAACCCCCUGCAAGCUGAUAAGCCUAGAUACCGGAAUAGGAAAGGUGAUAUAGCAACAAACGUUCUAGGGGUUUGUUCGCAGGAUUGUCAAUUUAUUUAUGUGUUGGCUGGAUGGGAGGGAUCAGCUGCAGACUCACGAGUCCUCAGAGAUGCGAUAUCUCGUACGAAUGGUUUAAGGGUGCCAAAAGGUUAUUAUUAUUUGUGUGACGCUGGCUAUAUGAAUGGGGAAGGAUUCCUAACACCUUAUAGAGGGCAACGAUACCAUCUUAGUGAGUGGAGAAAUGGGGCCCAACCAACCACACCGCAUGAAUUUUUCAACAUGAAACACUCAAGUGCGAGGAAUGUCAUCGAAAGAUGUUUUGGGAUGUUGAAGGGUCGUUGGGCCAUUGUACGAUCAAAGUCCUUUUACCCGAUUAAGACGCAAUGUAGGAUUAUUACUGCAUGUUGCUUGCUUCAUAAUCAUAUACGAAGAGAAAUGCCAAUGGACCCAAUAGAGGAAGAAAUGGUAGACAUUCAUGACGCUGAAGAUAACUUCGAAGGGUGUGACAUGAUAACCCAUGUGGAGUCAUCUAAUGCUUGGACACGUGGACGUGAUGAAAUGGCUCAGCAUAUGUUUGACACGUGGAGGAAUAGUAUGGCUGAAGAGAAUACUCAAACCCAGAAACGAGUGAAUCAUACUUGGACAGCUGAAGAGGACAAGAUCCUAGUAGAUUGUCUUCUCGAGGCAGGUCCAGCUUGGAAAGGUGAUAAUGGUUUUCGGGCUGGAUUCCCUAUUCAUAUAGAGAAGAUGAUGCAGCGCAUGCUGCCUGGAUGUAUCCUUAAAGCAAAUCCUCAUAUCACAUCGAGGAUUAAACUCCUGAAAAAACACUAUAACGCAAUCUCUGAAAUGACCGGGACCAAUGGCGGAUCUGGCUUUGGUUGGAAUGAGAGAGAUCAGAUGAUUGAAGUGGACAAAGAAAUAUUUGCAGAUUGGGUUAAGUCACAUCCAAAUGCGAAAGGGUUGUACAAGAAGCCAUUCCCCUACUUCCAUCAAUUGGGUCCAAUUUUUGGAAAAGAUAUGGCCACAGGAAAUCAUGCUGAGGGUGCCCAAGAUGCUGCUUCACACAUGGAUACAGAAGCUGCAUUAUUUGCUGAGAGUGGGACUGGAUAUGAUGAUAUCUAUAAUCUUCUUGGUGACGAUACACCAACACCUAAUUGGGAGCCUCCAUUGCCUGAGACUAUCACAGAAGAAGGGGCUGUACAUUCUCCAGUGUCUGUUUCGGUUACAAAAAGGGGUAAGAAAAGAGGUAGAUGUGAGGAUCCCCUGCCUAGUGAGGUGACUGUUGCAAUUAAUGACCUUAGCCAGAAUUAUGUUGCCACUAAUGAUAAAUUAGACAAGUUGGUAUCUUGCUUUCAGCAUCAGGCAGAGGGAAGCAACCGAAGGAUGUCUAUUCUGCAAGAGUUAAAAAAAAAUUGA